AUGAAAGGAGUAGGAGGGCCACUGCUGUGCAUAGGAGAUUUGUUAAGCGAUCUUGCAGAGAAGGAAGAAGAUGAUGUUGUCUCCGCAGCAGCAGCUCCUUCUUCAUCAAUUUCUGAUUCCAACAAUAAGAGCCUUCAAUCCUUAGACCUCACCAAACUCUUUCAGGAAGACUAUAACCGCUUGAAUCAAGCACUUGACGGAACUGAUCACUCAUGGACAGCUCUUACUCUUAAGAUAUGCACUUCUUUGGAAACUGCAAACAAGUUGGUCCAAUCGACAAACUCGAAUGUUAGAUUGCUGUCUGAGAAAGUAGAAGAGCUUGAGAAAAUUGUUAAGAGAGGAGAUUCGGCUGUAGCAGCAGCCAAGGCCAUUCAUGUUUCUUUAAAUCGAAAGGGAGGAUCAUUUAAUGGGAGUCAAAAUGCAACAGUCUAG